AGGCUUUAGAGUCGGGCCUCAUUUUAUUCUAACUACUCCACCUUAGAAACAUUUAACCCGUGUCGGCCCAGACCCAGCCAGGCCCGGCCGUGGAAUGAUAUAUUAUUAUUGCAUAUAGCCCAAAGUAGAACUUCCCCAUGAAAGGAGGCACGUGCUUCGCAUAUGGGCUAAUCGCAGGUGGAUCCUGCACUUUAAACACGGGCACCUCACAGUCACGGACUCUUGAAUUUGGACGCUUCUCAGCCGUCCAUUCCAAUGAAAAGAAAAUAGCGAAUCGGAUUCGUCAUUUCCACUUCUAAAAGAAAGGCGGACGCUGUUUUGUACAUUCUCCGUUCUCACCUUCCUGGAAAAUCUACUCAAACUUUCUUUCUACAAAUUUAACAACGGUCUUUAAGUUUUAGGGCUUAACACAUGGCGGAUGAGGAGACGAUCGCUAACGGCAUCGAAGGAGAGAAUGACGAUCAGACGGGUGAGAGCUUUUACGAUGUUGAUGAACGCGAGAACGAAGCCAAGCUGAAGCAAAAGAUCGAAGUCUUGGAGAAGGAGAAGUUCCUCCUAGCCAACGAAAACGGGAAAAUAAAAAAUCAGAUGAGGCAAUUAACGGUGGAGAUCGAUUCACUGAGAUCCGGAGAGUUAGAGCUGAAACUGAGGCUGGAAGCAGUGGGUAAAGAGAUGGAACAGUCGGAUGAGAGCAAGAGAGCGUUGGAUUCCAUUGCUAACAGAGCUGUGCAGCUCGAGACGGAGGUCUCGAGGCUUCAACAUGACUUGAUUACGUCGAUGAGCGAAGGUGAGGAGGCGAAUGCUGCAAUUUCUGAGCUGAAGAGUAUAUUGGGAGAAAAGGAAGUGAAGCUUGAGGAGUUGAAGCAAGAGAAAGUGGAGACAGAAAAGAAAGUAAGGGAAUUCGAGAGAAAGAUUGCGGUUUUGGAGGUGAAAGAAAUCGAGGAAAGGAGUAGGAGGGUGAGGAUUGAGGAGGAGAUGAGGGAGAAAUUAGCUGAAAAAGAGAAGGAGACGUUUCAGUAUAAGAAUAAAUUCCUGGAGCUGGAGAAUGAGGUGGCAAAGAAGGAGGGAUGGGAGGAUAAAUUGAAGGUGUCGGAGGAGAAGGUGAGAGACAUGGAAGAAAAGAUGGCAAAGUUACAGAAGGAUGCGGAGGAAGCGCGAAAGGUGGUUGGUGGAUUAAAGAAGAGAACUGUAGAUGCUAUUAAUGGCAUUCGAGUUGAUAGCUUAGAUAACGAGUCUAAGGGGCUGAAGAUGCAAUGGCCGGUUCUGGCUGUGGGAUCAACAGGUGCUAUAGCUGUCGCAGCUGCUGUGGUUUAUGUCUGCUAUGCUAGGCGGGCGUAAUUCAAGAGUUUAGGGUUUGUUCGAUACCCUAUUUUAAAAAAAAUUAAAAAAAAAAAGAAUAUAUUUCAAUUUUGUUAGGUAGGAUGUCAUUUUGCUUGGCCUUGUUUUUGAGCUUAUUAAGGAUCGUAGUUUUCACUAAUUUCUGGCGUGUUUUUGAAGUUUAAAUGUUAGCUUAAUUGUUUUAUUGGAAAUACUAAAUUAUUCAAUAUACUUGUAGAGGAAUUACUUGAGA